GAAUCAGUCUGCAUCUGGAUGGGUAUUAAGCCAGUCGUGUUCUCUCGUUAAAUUUGGGAAUGUGUUACGGUUAUAAUUGAGCAUAAAUUUCGGUUACGCGGAGGAUAAGCGCAGAUUAUUGCGGUAUCCUGUUUUCUAAAAUAAGCCAAACAUAAAAUUAUUUAAAUAAUAUUUUUAAUAACAGCAAAAUGAGAAGCAAUACUGUGAUAUUUACGACACUUUGUCUGCUAAUUGCUGCAACUAGCCAAUUGAGAAUUAGCUUGGCACAGGAAGAGCAAGAACCUCGUUGCAUUUGGUAUGGUCAGAGCCAUACGGUUGGUGCCCAUUGGUUGAAUAAAGCAGCGGAUAUUGAACCACAACCACUGAAUGAUGAGAGCGCUGAAGCCGCCUUUAAACAACGAUGUCCGCAUUGGUAUGCUGAGUACAAAGCGGCCGACCCGGAAGGACCACUCAAGCUGUGCUGUGAUGCUGCCCAAAUUCAAACGAUGACAACAAGUAUGCUUCAAGCCGACGGCAUUUUUGCUCGCUGCCCGAUUUGCACUUACAACAUGGCGCUCUCCAUUUGUGGCAUGACCUGCGGCCAGAAUCAGAGUCUCUUUAUGGUGGCACACACUGACUGGUACGAGGAACAGGAAUAUGUCGCAGAGGUCGAUUUCAGAAUUGACGACGAUUCAGUGAAAGCCGUCUACGACAGCUGCGCCGGUAUUCAGCACACACAGACCGGUCGUCCGUCCAUGGAUUUGGCCUGCGGCGCUUAUAAUGCGAAAACCUGCGAUCACCGUAAAUGGUUCAAUUUCAUGGGUGACCCCACUUUGAGUGAUUACGUACCCUUUCCUAUUAACUACGAGUUUUUGAAUGAGUCCAGCGAAGAGGUGCGAUUAAUUAUGCCUGUGAAAAAUUGUUCUGAAGCGUUAGAGGGCUCAUAUGCUUGCUCGUGUGUCGAUUGUAGCGCUUCGUGUCCAUACAUGGAUCCGCCAACUGGUGAAGAGGAAGGCUUUAUGAUUGCUGGACUUUAUGGUAUAACAUUCAUAGUAUCACUGGUUUUUGGUGCGAUUGUGAUGGUUUUCAUACUUUGCGGUUCACUAAAUAUCUUCAAACCGAAAAUAAGUAUUUCUUCAUGUUGUGCGGGUUUCGACGGGGUAAAUACCUUACUUUCAAAACUAUUCCUCAUUUGGGGUCAAUUUUGUGCUAAACAUCCCGUCCUGAUUUUGGCCAUUUGCUCUUGGAUAAUUGGUGGUCUCGCUUAUGGUAUAAUCUACUUGAGUGUCACUACAGAUCCCAUCGAGCUUUGGGCUGGAAAAGAGAGUCAAACCCGUCUGGAAAAGGAUUAUUUUGAUGAACACUUCGGGCCCUUUUACCGAACCAAUCAGAUAUUUAUCAAACCAUUGAACCAAACUACGUUCACCCACAACACCUCGGCGGGAAUAGAAACAUUUGGUCCUGCGUUCGAAAAGAAUUUCCUCAAAGAGGUAUUUCUUCUACAAGAACAAAUCCAAAAUUUGACCACGGAGAAUGGUGUGACUUUGGCAGAUGUCUGCUAUGCCCCUAUGGUGUAUACUGGAGAGAAGGUAACCAUUGAUAACUGCUUAGUGCAAUCUAUCUAUGGAUAUUUUCAAAAUGAUAUGGACGAAUUUGAAAGAGAAUACGUGGAUAGUAACGGCUACACAAACACUUACCUCAACCAAUUGGAAGAUUGUUUGCGCGUGCCCAUGUUGGAGUCAUGUUUCGGUCCCUAUGGUGGUCCAAUUGAACCUGCUAUCGCGGUGGGUGGUAUGCCCAAAGUAUCGGCGGACGAGAACCCUGACUUCCAACUUGCCACUGGUUUGUUGCUCACUUUUCUAGGCAAAAACAAACUUUCUUCAACUCAACUCGAACCCAACAUGGAGUGGGAACUAGCUUUUAUCAAUUUUCUCAAGAACUAUACAAGUGAUCAAAUGGAAAUUGCGUUCUCCGCCGAGAGAUCCAUACAAGAUGCAAUUGUUGAGCUUUCCGAGGGUGAAGUUUCUACUGUCGUUAUCAGCUAUGUCGUCAUGUUUGUCUACGUCACGAUAGCAUUGGGAAAAAUUCGCAGCUUCCAACACUUCUUCCGCGAUUCGAAAAUAGUUCUUGCCAUAUCCGGUAUUAUCGUUGUAAUUGCUUCAGUUGUUUGCAGUUUGGGCUUCUGGAGUUAUCUGGACGUAACCACCACCAUGUUGGCAAUUGAGGUCAUACCUUUCCUUGUGUUGGCCGUUGGUGUAGAUAAUAUUUUCAUUAUGGUGCACGCCUAUCAUCGUUUGGACAGAAGAGAGUAUAAGGAUGUAGCAGAGGCGAUAGGCGUUGCAAUGGGUCAAGUUGGUCCAUCGAUUUUACAAACUGCCGGCUCGGAGUUUGCCUGCUUUGCCAUAGGCGCUAUUUCUAACAUGCCCGCUGUAAAGACCUUUGCCAUGUAUGCGGCAGCGGCCAUUCUACUAAAUUUCUUCUUCCAAAUCACCGCUUUUGUCGCAUUCAUGGCCUUGGAUGAACGUCGUUCCGAAUCGGGGCGCUACGACCUCUUCUGUUGUGUGAAGGCUUCAAACAAAAAAGAACUUAGUGAUGAACAGAAUGUGGGCAUUUUGGAGAAGGUCUUCAAAAGUUUCUACGCACCUUUCCUGCUUUCCAAACCGGUUAAAAUUACUGUUUUAGUUGUCUUUACCGUAAUCACCUGCUUGUCGCUGAUGGCGGCUCCUUCGAUCGAAAUUGGCUUGGAUCAAGAAAUGUCAAUGCCAACCGAUUCACAUGUCGUUAAAUAUUUCCAGUACAUGAAUGAACUUUUGUCGAUGGGUGCGCCUGUGUAUUGGGUGCUGAAGCCGGGUCUGAAUUAUACGUUGCGAGAUCACCAGAAUGUUAUAUGUGGCGGUGUGCAGUGCAAUAAUGACUCCGUAUCAGUGCAACUUUAUCAGCAGUCACUUUACCCUGACAUCACUUACCUUGCUCGUUCAGCUUCCUCUUGGAUAGAUGAUUAUAUUGAUUGGCUUGGUAUAGACGAUUGUUGCAAAGUCAACGCUACGGAUGGUACCUUCUGUCCGAGCAACUCGAAAGAAGACGAUUGCGUCGCUUGUACCCGUGAGUUUUCUGAGGAUGGAUUACGUCCUACGCCAGAAACGUUCCAAGAAUACAUACCUUUCUUCGUAUCAGAUUUGCCAGACAGCGAAUGUGCAAAGGCCGGGCGCGCUUCAUAUGCGGAUGCUAUCAUUUACACACUCGACGAACAAGGCUCUUCGACUAUUUUGGAUACUUACUUAAUGCAGUACUCCACCACGUCCACCACGUCCAUACAAUUUUACUCGGCACUUCGUGAGGCGCGACGCAUCGCAAACAGCAUAAACGAAAUGUUUGCUGAGAAAGAACUUGACGUCACCGUGUUCCCCUAUUGUAUUUUCUUCAUCUUCUAUGAACAGUAUCUGACCAUCUGGGAUGAUGCAUUAUUCUCUCUCGGCAUAACACUGGCCACCAUAUUCCUGGUAACACUUAUUAUCACCGGUUUGGAUCUGCCAUCAGCACUGAUGGUCACUGCAAUGGUGCUAAUAAUCCUAAUCAAUAUGCUCGGCAUGAUGUGGGCGUGGAAUAUUACGCUCAACGCAAUUUCGUUGGUGAAUUUAGUCGUGUGCAUUGGCAUCGGUGUGGAGUUCGUGGCUCAUAUCAUUCGUUCGUAUAAAAAUGGCAUCGGUAGCGCACAAGAACGCGCAAAGCAAGCGCUUAUAGUAACAGGCAGCAGCGUGCUCUCCGGUAUUACGCUGACGAAGUUUGCCGGCAUCAUCGUUUUGGGUUUCUCCAAGUCACAAGUGUUCCAAGUAUUCUACUUCCGCAUGUACCUCGGCAUUGUACUGAUUGGAGCAGCGCAUGGUCUUAUUUUACUGCCCGUUCUACUUAGCAUAUUCGGUCCUUCGAGUAAGAAGGCCAAAAGCCAAAGUGUUAAUGAAUGUUAGCUUAAUCGUAAAAUCAUAUUUGUAAUCAAACGCGUUUUAUAUCAUAUUUAAGAAAACUUUGUGCGAUACUAAGACUCAAUUAUUUUAAGCUGUACCUUAUAAAAAAGAAUAAGUUAAAAAAUAAAAUGACAUCUAAAAGAUCUAA